AUGGAUUACGCCUACGCUAUUUUCCUUCAACUUCCAAACCCAACUAUCUUCAAUUGGAACACAAUCAUUAGGGGUUACUCGAAAAGCAAAAAUCCUAACAAAUCGAUAUCAGUUUUUGUUGACAUGCUGCGGAUGGGUAUAACCCCAGACCAUCUAACUUACCCGUUUCUAGCAAAGGCAGCGUCGCACUUACAAGAGGUUCGGCUUGGCCUAUCGGUUCACGGACGUGUUAUAAGAGAUGGAUUUGAUGUUGACAGGUUCGUUAAGAAUUCUUUGAUUCAUUUAUCUUCUUCUUUCAAGGAUCCAGGGUAUGCACGCAAGCUGUUCGACGAAAUGCCAAACAAGAACUUGGUUUCCUGGAACUCGAUGUUGGAUUGCUAUGUCAAGUGUAAGAAAGUAUUAAUGGCUCGGGAAGUGUUUGAUUCAAUGCCAGAGCGUGAUGUUGUAUCCUGGAGCUCCAUGAUUGAUGGGUAUGUCAAAGGUAGUGAGUAUAGUGAAGCACUGGCUAUCUUCCAAAAGAUGCAUGGAUCUGGUAUCAAUGCAAAUGAGGUGACUAUGGUGAGUGUAUUGGGUGCUUGUGCUCAUUUAGGUGCACUUGAUCAAGGGAUCAUGAUGCAUCACUACAUUAUCAACAAGAAGAUAGCUUUAACUUUAGUGUUAAGAACAUCACUUGUAGAUAUGUAUGCCAAAUGUGGAGCAAUAGAGGAAGCACUAUCCGUAUUCCAUGGAGCAAUCAUGAAACAAACCGAUGUUUUAAUUUGGAAUGCAAUGAUUGGAGGGCUUGCAACACAUGGGUUUGUACACGAAUCACUUGAUAUGUUUAAAGAGAUGCUGAAGAACAAGAUCACACCAGAUGAGAUCACAUACUUGUGCAUACUAAGUGCUUGUGCUCAUGGAGGUUUAGUAAACGAAGCUUGGUAUUAUUUCAAGUCUAUUACUCAAAAUGGUUUGAAUCCAAAAACCGAACAUUAUGCAUGCAUGAUGGAUGCAUUGGCUCGAGCUGGAAAACUUAAGGAAGCAUACACAUUCUUGUCUCAAAUGCCAAUGGAACCAACUGCUUCCAUGUUAGGGGCGUUGUUCAAUGGCUGUAUCAAUCAUAGGAAUCUUGAUCUUGCUGAAGUAGUGGGGAAGAAGCUUGUUGAAUUGGAACCAGAUCAUGAUGGUAGAUAUGUUGGUUUAUCAAAUGUUUAUGCAGUGAUUAAGAGAUGGGAUGAAGCAAGAACAAUGAGAGAAGUGAUGGAGAAGAGAGGAGUUAAGAAGUCUCCAGGAUGGAGCUUUGUGGAGAUACUUGGAUCACCUCACAGAUUCAUAGCUCAUGAUAAAACUCAUCCACAAUCUGAACAAAUCUAUAGCAUGUUGAGUUUUGUAGUAAAGCAAUUGAGUGAUAUAGAUUCUGUAAUGUUCCAUGCUUGCAUAUAUGUGAAUCGUAUACUCUUUGAUUAG